UUUGCAUGAGCACAUGACAACGGCAUCAUUUUUGCACAGAAUCUUUUUACGAUCUAAUCUACUUUUCUAAUUUAAAAUCGCACAGCAUUAAGGACGUUUUUAGGUACCAGUGAAAUUCAGUUCAUAGUGUUUUCUGCGCGUUUUCUUUAUUUGAAUGCAAUAUCCAGUCAUUCACCACUUUAAUUAUAUUAACAGCCAUCUAGCAAUGUUGCUGUGCAUGAGGAAGGCCUUAUCAGGUUAGAUUCCUUCAAUCAAGUUGGCUAGUCAUCUGUAAGUUAUCAGUAACAUUACCUAGGUCCAGUUCAAUUUCCACUCCAGGAAAAUCAUGAGGACUUUACAGUAUGGCGAAACAUAUACUGGGUUAACUUAAAUAGAUCUACUUAUUUGGUAAGAAGGAGGAAUUUUAUUAGGGAGGAAAUGAAUCUGUAUUCUGUGGAUGAAUUCAUUGGAGAGGGAGCGCAUGGGCAAGUAUUUGCUGCUGUUGAAAAAACCACAAACAGGAAGGUUGCGUUGAAAAAAUUGAUCGCCAAGAAUUCAAAAGCAGAUAUUCUAAUCAGCUAUGUUCGAGAACUGAAAAUACUUCAGCAGAUAAAAUGUAAAUAUGUGAUAGAGUUACUCGACUUCUUCCCUCACAACUUUGCUCUCUGCCUCAUUUUUGAAUUCAUGCCAUCUGGAUUGUUGGAAAUGGUUCACUACUCAGAAGAGCCAUUAACGCUGCAGCAAGAAAAAACUUACUGCUCGAUGCUGUUGAAAGGAGUCAGCUAUCUCCAUCAGAAUGGCAUCAUUCACAGAGAUUUGAAACCAGCCAACCUCCUCAUCAGUACCGAUGGUAUUUUACGCAUUGCUGAUUUUGGUCUUAGCCGCCUUUUGUACAAUGAGGAGGACGGCAAAGAUGGGAGCCGCAAAAAGUACACGGCAAGAGUGGCCACACGAUGGUACAGAGCACCGGAGUCUCUCUAUGGAUCUAAUAAUUAUGAUGAGAAGAUAGAUAUAUGGGCUGUUGGAUGCAUCAUUGCAGAAAUCAAUAACAAAGCUCCUUUGUUCGCUGGCGAAACAGACAUAGAGCAACUGAGCAUUGUGGUUCAAAGCCUCGGGAGACCUUCUGAAAAAAAUUGGCCCAACAUGAAGAAAUUACCAGAUUUUGGAAAAAUACAUUUUCCGAAAUGGAAACCUAUUUCGUGGAAUGUUCUUCUUCCGGAUGCUAACCCAGAACUGCGUAGUUUGGUCCAGUCAUUGCUGCUGUAUAAUGCUGCCGACCGACUCUCUGCAUCUGAGGCUUUAAAACACAGGUUUUUCUACAGCCUGCCACUACCUUGUCCAGAUAACAAAAUGCCUCACCCUCCAUCAAACCAUAGACAGCUCGUCAAGAUUCAAAACAAAGCACCGAAAGCCCCCACCAGAGAGAAUGUUUUCGGAGAUUUGGUUGCCUUCUUGUAAAAAAUGGAUUCACGCUUGUGAAAGAUACUCAGCGGCGUUGAUGUGAUUUUUCGAGCGGUGGGCCACCUCCGCCUUGCAGGCAUUUUCUUUUAUCUCAAGGUGACGAUGCGUCACGAAGCGGCCCAACAGGAACCCUGCAAAA